AUGUCUUCGUACUCGAGCGAGCUGUCACGCUCGCAGGAAUAUCUGAGUUUUCGCAGCUCCGUACCGCUCAGAAAAAUCGUUGUUGACGCCGACGGUACAAAGGGAUGGAAAGUAUACGAUUCUAAUCCAAAAACUAUCAAGUGCCCACUUAUAUGUCUUCCGCCUGUCUGUGGUACUGCUGAUAUUUUUUUUAGACAAAUAUUAGGUCUUGCUGCCAAAGGUUACAGAGUUAUCUCAGCUGAGGCACCAGUAUAUUGGAGUAUAAAGGAAUGGUGUGACGGAUUCAGAAAGUUGUUAGAUUACUUAGAACUUGAUAAAGUUCAUCUUUUUGGUGCUUCCCUAGGUGGUUUUUUAGCACAAAAAUUUACAGAAAUAAAUGCACACUGUCCUAGAGUAGUAUCUCUGGUUUUGUGUAAUACCUUCACAGAUACAUCUGUAUUUAGUUACAAUGAUUCCGCAGCAGUUUUUUGGAUUUUACCUUCAUUGGUAUUGAAGAAAAUGGUAAUGGGAAAUUUUGCAACGGAGAAAGUCGAUGGAGAGAUUGUAGAAGCAAUUGAUUUUAUGGUGGAACGGCUAGAGAGCUUAACGCAAUCCGAAUUAGCGUCUCGUUUAACAAUGAAUUGCAUAAAUUGUUAUGUACAACCUCAAAAGAUUUGUCAUUUACCUGUAACAGUAAUAGACGUUUUUGAUGAAUAUGCGUUAUCAAAUGCAGUUAGAGAAGAAGUAUAUAAAUGCUAUCCAAAUGCAAAACUAGCACAUUUGAAAAGUGGUGGAAAUUUUCCAUAUCUAAGCCGAUCCGCUGAAGUUAAUUUACAUUUACAGAUUCACUUAAGACAAUUUGAAGAUACGAAAUAUACGGCUUUAGAAAAGGUCACGAUUUAG